GUAGUGAGUAGAGCAGGGGUCUGAGAGCAGCAAGGGGCAGCGUAGUCUGACCCUGAACCCUGACUCUCCCUUGCCCUAGGUCCCACCUGUCACGGAAUUGCUCCGUCUUUCAGCUCUUCUUCCUCGCGCUGCUCCUGGGCUUCGCCUCACUGCUGUGGCUGCAGCUGAGCUGCUCUGGUGAGGGGGCCCGUCAGGGCCGUGGGGUAGCAGCCCCUGAUCCGUUGAAGCCUUGCCCCUGGGAGUCCCGAGCCUCAUGGGCUGAGGACCCAUCGUGGGGCCCACACCGCCUGGCACUGCUGAUCCCAUUCCGGGAGCGCUUCGAGGAGCUGCUGGCCUUCGUACCCCACAUGCAUCGCUUCCUAAGCAGGAAGAGGAUCCGCCACCACAUCUUUGUGCUCAACCAGGUGGAUCAUUACAGGUUUAACAGAGCAUCUCUGAUCAACGUUGGCUUCCUGGAGAGUGGUAAUGACACCGAUUACAUCGCCAUGCACGACGUCGACCUGCUGCCACGCAACGAGGAGCUGGACUACGGCUUCCCGGAGGCAGGGCCCUUCCACGUGGCGUCCCCAGAGCUGCACCCGCUGUACCACUACAAAACCUAUGUGGGUGGCAUCCUCCUGCUCACCAAGCAGCACUACGAGAUGUGCAAUGGCAUGUCCAACCGCUUCUGGGGCUGGGGGCGAGAGGAUGAUGAGUUCUAUCGACGCAUCAAAGGGGCUGGACUACAGCUUUUCCGCCCUUCUGGAAUAAAGACCGGCUACAAGACCUUCCAGCACCUUCACGACCCCGCCUGGAGGAAACGUGACCAGAAGCGCAUUGCUACCCAGAAACAGGAGCAGUUCAAGGUGGAUCGGGACGGUGGCCUGAGCAAUGUGCGGUAUCAAGUCGAGUCCCACACGUCGCUGACUGUGGCUGGAGCUCCCUGCACGGUCCUCAAUGUCCUGCUGGACUGUGAUACCAGCGAGACCCCCUGGUGCACAUUCAGCUGAGCAGCCUGCCCUGGCCACACUCAACGCCUGCCGUGCCAAGGUGCCAUGAGGCUGCAGCACGAGGGCUGGGCCGUGGGCAGGACAGGUGGAAGGAGGCUGAGAGGCAGGCCAGCUCCUCGCUCGGUGCAGCUUGGAGGGCAGAACUCGCUGGCCCCCGCACAGAUGCUGGCAUCACCGCAGGACGGCCGCUGCCUCCUUGCAUAGAGCCGCCGCCGGGCUCCAAGAGGACAAUAAAGCACCGUCAGGCCCAUGCGAGGCCAGUGCCCUUA